AUGGAGUCAACAAAAAUCUUCAACACUGAACAAAUUAAGAAGGCAACCGAUAAUUAUAAUAAGAGCCAAGUCCUUGGCCAAGGAGGCUUUGGUGUUGUUUACAAAGGAAUAUUGUCGGAUAAUAGAGUGGUUGCUAUUAAAAAAUCCAAAACCAUUGGGGAUCAAAGCCAGAUUGAGCAAUUCAUAAAUGAGAUGAUUGGGUUUACUCAAUUCAACCAUAGAAAUGUGGUUAAGCUAUUAGGUUGUUGUUUAGAAACAAAAGUGCCCUUAUUGAUCUAUGAAUUCAUCACAAAUGGGACACGUUUUGAUCAUCUUCAUGAUAAAAGCCAGUCUUCCUUAUUCUCAUGGGACAAACGUCUAAAAAUAGCAACAGAAACUACAAGUGCAUUUGCAUACUUACAUUAUGAUGCUUUUAUACCAAUUACACAUCGAGAUGUAAAAAUUACAAAUACACUUUUGGAUGAAAACCACACAGAAAAAGUAUCAGACUUUGGAUCUUCAAGACUUGAUCCUCUUGAUCAAACACAAUUAACAAAUUUGGUGCAAGGAAGGUUUAGAUACUUGGACCCAGAAUGCAUUCAUACUAGCUAUCUAACAGAAAAAAGUGAUGUGUACAGUUUUGAUAUCGUAUUAGCGGAGUUAUUAACUGUUCUUGAUAACAACAUUCACAGUGGAAGUAAUAUUGUCAAGGAACUAACAAAAGUUGCUAAUGUUGCAAAAUGGUGCCUAAGCAUUAAAGGAGAUGAUAGGCCUACUAUGAAGGAGUUGGCAGUGGUGCUGGAUGGACUGAGAGGUAAGGGAAAGCAAGUAAGGAAAGAAGCUAAUCUCAACACAGAAGAGAGUGAGUAUUCGCUUAGUGCAUCAACACACUCUUUAAACAUUUAUGCUAGGGUUGGCUAUUUUUCCACAAGUACCAUUGAUAGUAUGGGAAAUCAAGCACUAAAACCAACAAAUGAUGGCAGAUAA